UGGCUGUUCGGAGUGCCUCGGUCCCGCGAGCGUAGCGAUCGAGGAUGCUUGCGCUUCCAAAAUCAACUCUCACCCGGCCAUCUCUUCCCAUACGCAUCCACCCGUGAGGUGCGGAGGGACUUGAGCAUCCGUAAAGCCUCCAAACGCCCCUUCCAUCCGGCUUGAAGCUCUUUAAAUCAAGUUGUUUGGCGAAGUCAAGCCGCACCACUGAGUGAGUGAGUGAGUGAGUGAGUGAGUGAGUGAGUGAGUGAGUGAGUGAGUGAGUGAGUGAGUGAGUGAGUGUGACCAAGAGCCCUGAACAUCCAAAUGGCCGAACCGAGAAAAGUGCAGUUUGUCACCAUGUCGGCCCUGGCAGGCGGUCAGUGUGCGGAGGGCAGGAGACGGCUUUUGGAGGAGGACGGGUCUGCGGAGAGGAGCUUUGACAGAGAGAGCGGGAUGAAAUUGACGGGCACCGCGGUGACGGCUGCUGCUGCGGAUGAUCGCGGGGGUUUGAUCGGGAAGAGAGACAGUGAUGAGCCCAAAGGGAAGACAGUGCGGCUCAAUCUGUGUCUGUCCGAGCCCAACGAGCAGUGCUCGGCCGAGUUCAACUACAGCGAGCUCAUCCACUCUCAACAGGCCAAGAAGAAUCCACCAGGAUCUAAAUCUUCCCUGGAUUUAAACGACCCCUUCAAUGACAAUGAGAGAGAACGUCUAAAGAUAGAGGCCUUGACUAAAAAGUUUGAAAGCAAAUAUGGUAACGUUGGGAAAAAGAAGCGGAAAGAUCGGAUGCAGGAUUUGAUUGACAUCGGCUUUGGCUAUGAUGAGAGUGACCCCUUCAUAGACAACUCAGAAGCUUAUGAUGAGCUUGUACCAGCGUCUCUGACCACCAAGCUUGGAGGAUUCUACAUCAACACGGGUACUUUACAAUUCAGAGCUGCCUCAGAAUCUGAAGGAGAAGAGGGAGGAAAAGAUAAAAAAAACAGGAUGAGUGAUGGAGAGGAGCCACUGAUAAAGAGAAGGAAGAAGAGGGAUGACACCAGUAUAGAGGAGAAAAAACCCAGGAAGUACAAUGUAACCAAACAAGGAGUGGCUGCUCGCAAUCUUCACCGUCCUGAGAAAAAAAAGAGGAAGAAAUUGAUGAAGGAUUCGCUUUGUCUGGCUGCAAUGCUUCGCCGUUUCACACGAGAGAAGGAAGAAAUGUGGAAACGAGACCCCAAACCGACUCAUCUGGGCCCUGGUCUCACCUGCACCCCCAACCCCAACAACUUACUACAGAACUCUCAUCUCCACAGCAAAGCCAACAACCAUGACCUUUCGCUAACCGACUUGACAGCCGAUCCCGCGAUGAUGUCAUUGCUAGGUACGGCCAAUGAAAGUGAGCUUCAGGAUCUCAUGCAGGACCUGGACUUCAGUUUUUUGGAUGCAGUAACCCAGAUGCCCCAGCCAGGCAGGGAGAACGGGCAGAUCGGUGUGGGGUCGUCAUCUGAGCACAAGAUUGGUGGAGGUGGGCUGAGUCGAGGGCAGGCGGGGUUCAUCUCUCCUCCGCCUCUCCCAGAAAAACUUCCAGCCCCCUUGAUCAAACGCAUAGAGGACCUACGGACUGCAUCGAGGCAAUUUGAUCAGGAAGGCAGAAAGAAAUUCUUCACUCUGGAUAUGAAUAACAUCUUGCUGGAUAUUGAGCUGCAGGUUCAGGAACAGCCAGCAGAUGUGCGUUCGGAGGUGUACGCUCACCUGGAGGCCUUUGUGCCCUGUAACAAGGAGGCACUACUGAAACGACUCAAGAAACUGAGCCUCAACAUACAGGAUGACCGUCUACGCACACCCCUACUAAAACUCAAGCUGGCCGUGUGCAGUGUGAUGCCAGAGCAGAUUGCCAGAUAUAACAUGGAUUGCAUGGCAAAAGCUGCAGCCAAGCAGCAGAGUGAGGAUGGAGAGAAAAAUGGAUCAGAGGAUGAUGAUGAAGAGAAACCGGGAAAGAGGGUGAUGGGACCAAGGAAGAAGUUCAUAUGGGAUGACAAACUCAGGACUCUGUUGUGUAACCUGGUGCGUGUGAAGCUGAGCUGUUAUGAGCUGGAGCAGUGCUCUAUGUCUUUGGAGGACUAUCUCAAAGCCUUCAUGGAGAAUGAAGUCAAACCCCUCUGGCCUAAAGGCUGGAUGCAGGCUAGGAUGCUUUUCAAAGAGAGUCGUGGGGUACAUGGUCAGCUUACAGGCCUGGGCAAGAAAAGGAUUGUUCCAUCACCAAAAGCUGCCAAAAUUACGAUCCAGGAAGUUGGCUGGAUGCAGAAACCUGCUCCAGGUAUCGGAACCUCUUCUGCCUCUCCUGCCUUACCUGCUACUGUGUGCAGACUGCCCUCCUCCCCCUCUGAACCAAUCUGCCUCUCUGAUUCACUGGAUGAGGAUCUGGCUGCUAACUCUCUAGACUCAAUUUCUCAAGCUCUCGCUCUUCUCAGUAAUGCUGCCAAGGGCCUCAUGCCAAACAAUGGCAUUCCCACCUCCUCUCCUCCCGGAAUCAUCGGAUCCUCAUCUGGAGUCAGCCACUACUCUACUCUCUCACAUUCCUCCCUUCCAGCAAAAAUGGAGCCUUCGGGUAUCUCUCUGGCAAAUAAGAGCAGUUUAAAUACCUCUCCCUCCCUCUCCUCUCCUCUAACCACAUCUCCUUCAUCUUCCAUACGAGGAGAGACCAUUGGGUUGCUAAAGGACAGUGGGUCCUUGCAGAUACACCCAGUAACGUCCACUCACAGAGCGGGAAUGAAUGUGGGACAGUCUGCUAAGCCUCGCCCACCCCCUACAGCCUCACCCCUCUUGACUCCCCAGCAGAGGUCUUUUGGGGCAAUGGGAGUGAAGCCGGUUCGGACUCUGCCUCCUUUUGGACAGGCGAAAAACUGUGGUAACAAAUCUGGUACUAGCGGCAGUGUAAUAUCUGGUACUGGUGUUUCUCAACAGCCUCGUAUGAACACUUACCCCUCUCACAUGAACCCCAAAAGCUCUCAACAGUCACGGGUUCCCAACUCUCCCCAACCGACACCCUCUUCCACUUCCACCCUGUUGUCGCAGGCCAAGCCCCCCACUAUGCCGCACAACCAGACAAACUUUAUUACGCCCAUGCAAGCCACGCUCACUAGGUCUUCCCACAGUAGCAGCUCUCCUAUUAUCAAACUAACACCACGCCCCCCUGCACCGACUCCUCCACCCACUUCCUCUCCCUCGCCUUCAUCCUCCCUGACUCAUCUGAGACCCCAAAUGAUCACCAACCCAGGCCUCAGACCGCCGUUUAACGCACAGGGAUCUGGAGUGAAAUCCGGAUCAGGACAGGCGAGCUACAGUUUCACGAGCGGACAGAAAUCCAGUAGUCCAUCCAGUGGUAGUGCAGGUAAAACCAGUACUACUCCAAUGGCCACACCCAUGUCUGCUGGUGUCCAGGACAGCAGCCCCUCCCCUUCAGCAGUACCAGCUAAUCACACCCAGCGGCAGAGGACAGUGGGAGGGACUAGUCAGAGUGCCAAGUCGUCAAGUCGGGCAUCAGCCAUGACACUACCCUCUUCAACUGUCUCCUCUCACCUGGCACAGGUGUCUACAACUUCAGGAAGUAACCAGUUGGGCUCAGUACCCCCCUCUCUCCCCCUGGGUUUUGGGAUGCUUGGGGGUCUAGUGCCUGUUUCUCUGCCCUUCCAGUUCCCCUCGUUACUCAAUUUUAACCCCUCAGGCUCUGGAGUUCCUGGCUGCAGCAACAUGGGGACGUCAGCCACUACAAUCUCAGGAUACACCCUGGCACAGAAUCUGUUUAAGCGUCUGCAGCAAGGGUCUCAGGUUGCUCUACCUCCCCACUUGCAGCUUGCUUUCUCAGAUGCAAACCAAAGUCAGGGGGGAGACACAAAGAGGAAGCCCCACUGACUGCGAACCAGAAUGUACACUUUUUUACGGAUGUUUUCAGCUGCUCUGAUUCUGAAUGGAAACGUUUGAAUCGUGGAUUUACAUGGAAGGGGGAGGGACGUCACUACACUCUUUCAGAUGAAAUUGAAGGACUAAUUUGAAUUUCAAUGCUUUCCUCAAUUACCGUCAUUCUGCUUUUAAUUGAUCAGUGUUCUGGAUGAUUGGAGUGAGCUGGGUGGAUUUAUUAUUAUUAUUAUUUUGUCAACAUUGUUUACACAAGACCUUUAUCACUGUGGACAUAGAGAUAAUAGAGAAAGUAAAGAAACAAAGCAACAUAAUAUCUAUUUAAGUUAAUGUCGGCUGGAAACGUGCAUUCAUGUGAUUUAUUUUCUUAGUCGAUUUUUGUUUAAAACUCCUAAAGGGAUGUUAUAGUCCAUCUGUUUCCUUCUACAGACUGUUAGAAUAGUAGCUAUUAAUAAUGAUACAUAUGGGUAAAUUAUUUAUAUUUUUUUGACAGGGAUAUUUUAUGAUCUUAAAGGUGUGUUAGUAGAUAAAAAUGGAUAUGUAUAUAAAAUAUACAUAAAUAUUAUGUGAUCUAUUUUUUUUUUCAAGGUCAGUAUGUAUGUUUAUAUCAUCAUCUGUGUGUGUGUGUGUGCGUGUGCGUGCGCAGAUGUCUUGCUGUCUUUUGUACUGUGUAUCUCACUGGACCUUGUAAAAGAAACAAACUUGAGUUUAAAGUUUAAUUUGUGGAUGAAGAAUUAAUCAUGUAUGUGUGCAAGCUUUUCAUAGAGGCAAAUUAUGAGAUUAUAGCCUACUUGAACUCUUUAAUUUUAUUCAUAUAAGUACAAAAUCUCCCACUACUUUCAAAUAAAAAAAGCCUUAGUUUGUAUGUUUUAACUAUGCAGGACUGUUAAUGCUUCAAUGCAAAAUUAAGCUGUUGCUUAAGCUCUCCACUUUAACAAUUGUGUGUGUUUGUGUGAGUGAUCUGUCUGUCGCUACAUUUGAUCUGCCAUUUUUGCCCCAUACCUCACUGGACAAUUAGUCCUUCCUUUCUUUUCAUCCCAUCUCUGUGCUCCAUUUCAUCCCGUGCUGCAUUUUUCACUAAAUACAUUUCAUUUUAAAAUGUCUUGCCCUACAUCUUAUGACUGUUAAAAUGAGAAAUGGCACCAAAGAUGACAGUAUUAGCUCAGAGUUGACAAGCAACAGGUUAGGUGUAUAUGUGUGCUCAUUGUAAUAUCAUGUAUCAAUUUUGUAGGCCAACAUUAAUUGGUUAUCGCUGUGAAUAUUGUGAUGGACAGCAUUUUGAAAUUGAAUUUUAUAUAUGGCUUUAUUUUAUUUUCUAAAAAUACUGAAUUAGGGUGGGGGUGAUUUCAACUGAAACUAGCAUUAAAAAGUCAUUAUUUGGGUAGAUUUUUGUCUUGAUUCUGAAAUAAAAAUGCUGUCAUUUUUGUCUUAAGUACAAGCUCUAAAAUAAAUUCAAUAAAACUUUUAGCUGACUUUCAUUGUACUAACUUAUAUUCACAAUACAAUCAUUACCUGGUGAAUAAAAUUAAC